AUGAAAUAUUUGAUAUUAUUUGUCUUCCUUAAAGUUUCCCUAUGUAAUUAUAAUAUAAAAGAAGUGAGAAAUACAUUUUAUGAAGUUAGUUUGAAUAAUGAAGUUUACGAGUUGGAUUCUUCUGUUUCAUUAGAGAAAUUGAAUGAAGAAGAUUUGAAAAACGUUGCUCAAAGUAUAUGGAAGAAGAAUGUUGAGCAGAGUAAUACUCAAAGAAUAAUUAGUAAAACUGGUCAAAGUUUCACCUGCUCAAUCCCAAAGAUUAUUUAUGAAACAGAUGAGCCUGGAGCUGCAGAAAGUUAUAACCCAAAAUAUUUAUCAGAAGUUGUAUCAGCUAGUUUUUAUGUUGGCCGAUGUAUAAUAUUGGACUUAGGAUGGUGGAAGUACGAAGUGUGUCAUGGUAAAAGCAUCAAGCAAGAGCAUGGAACUCGAGGUGAUGCAGAAUACGCUUCCAACUCAUUAGGAUAUUUCAGUGGACGAUAUGAAAUGCCGGAUUUUGUUCAAUCGUCAAAAGAACGUUUGCUGUAUUUUGAAGAAAUUUAUGACGGAGGAACUCCUUGUGAUUUGGCUGACAACAAUGUUAUGAGAAAGACUGCCUUACGGUUUGAGUGCGACCCUAAACUUGAUACAAGCGCAGCUUAUAUUUCCGACGUCCAAGAGUUAUCGUCAUGUAAUUAUAGAAUUGUAGUGAAAGUAGGAAGUUUGUGUAAAUUGAAGCCUUUCAUCAUUCCGAAGAAGAGCAACGCUCAAUCCAUCAAAUGCACCCCUACGGUAACGGAAGAGGACCUUGUACUAUACUUGAGAGACAAAGUAACAGAAAUCAAGAAUAAGAAAAAAGGAGAAAAACUACUUCAAGAUGUUAGCCUGGAGCUUAUGAGCAUCAAGAGGAGAAAAAGUGCGGCAGAGCGAACAUCCAUUUCCAGACUUCCAAAGUUUCAAACGGAGAGAAUGAUUGAAAUAAAUACUCGAAUGGAUGACAUAUUCGAAAGAUAUUUCAAUUAUAGUUAUUAUGUCCAAAAUGGGAAAAUGCCUGAUGAAGAUGCCAUGAAGAGUCUACGAACACUGGCGACCAUUAUGGGUGGUGUGGAGAUUGCUUACACCGAUUUCCUGAGCGAGAGUGAUCAGAACCAAGCAUACUUAUGGCAUUUCUUCCAUGAUCCUUAUUGGCCAAAGUAUGAUUACCCAUUCUCGCUGGAGUAUGUAGAUAUAGCAAAUGAGUAUUAUAACCAUGUAUUGAAAGAGUAUGAUGAACCGUAUCACAAGCCACACCUGUAUGUAGAUCCAGCAGAUCUGGAAAAAAAUAUUUUAAUCAGGAAUGCUAAGUCCCGUCAUGAUAUUAUUCAAACAUUGCGUUCAUUCAGUAACUUGUUUGAUGACGUCACUGAUGCUUCUGAAAAACUCCGAAACGCAAUUUUAGAAGAAGUAGAUAAUGCACUCUUCGAUUCCUUAGUAUUCAGCUUUGCAACCACUGCUCGAAGGGAUGAUCCGAAAAUAUUUUCGGAUGAGGAGCAGUAUAAGCGUAGAGCUUUUGCAUAUAUAUUAGCCUUGUAUAAUCAUGUUCGAAUGAAAAUCUAUUCACCGAGAGAUAGCUUGAAAGAGAAAGGAGUAGUGUCGAACGUUGGUGCCUUGCUUGAUUAUCUCAUGGAAGUCCGGGUGUUCAUGAAGCAGAGCUUGGCAAAACCUACUGGCUCAAUAAGACAAGAAAACUUAUCAAGAUUCUAUGGAACAGUAGUGGAGAAAAGAAAACAAGAUACCCAUUUGAUGUUAAUCAAUGAUUAUGGAAAACAAGUGAUGAGCUAUGUGAGAAUGCAUAGAAGAAGUCUACUGGAAAAGCUCUGGAAGCCAAUAGUAGAAUCUUUGUUGCAACUUAAGAAAGAAAGAGACGUCGAGAAGGUUUUGUUAGCUGAGAGAAUUCGAAAAAAUAUAGACUCGGGGAAGAUUGUGACCACAGUCUCAUACGAAGCUUUGAAAGAGCUGUUUGAUUCUACCGAUUUCGAUAAGUCAGCUUUGAAAAUUGAAAUUCUUGAUGUUAGUGGCGCAGAAGACAUUGGUUUAAAAACAGCUUUAGAAGAAGAAAUGGAGGAGCGACGUAAUGCCAGGAAGUUGCAAGAAGCAUUCGACGUUUAUGGACAAGACUUUGGAAAGACCAACAAAAAAACGGAACCAAUUUUGUAA